AUGGAUGAAGAAUUGUAUUGUGCAUUGACGGAUUUUAGAGGAAAUAAUCACUUCUUAAAAUUAAAUGUCAACGGGAGUUACAAUGAUUUGGCGGUUGCGGUGCAAAGUCUAAUUGCUUGUAAUGCAAGCAUGAUGAAGUUGACUUACAAAGUACCCCACACACAAGAAAUGUAUGUGCGUGUAUGUGAUGAUGAUGAUGUAUUGAUAAUGUUCAAUAUACAUCGAUGUUGCAAGGAGAAUGUAGUUGUCAUGAAUGCUGACAUGGAUCGAGAGAUAUUAUUUGGGCAACAAUGUAAUACUGUCCAUAUAAGGAAUCCGUACAUCCCUUCUAGUGAAGAACAUGUAUCUUAUUCACAAAAUCCUUCUUCUUCACAAAAUAUGUCUCGGGAAGUUGGGAGCUCUAGUAUGAUUCCUCUUGCAUGGCACAAUGCAAUUAGAAGUGUUGGUCAAGAAUUUGAUGAUGUUGAGCAUUGUCGGCGGAGUUUAAGUAAUUACUCUAUUGCACGAGGGUUUAACUUUGCUUUUGUAAAAAAUGAACGUAGAAGAGUGACAAGAUAG